AUGGAGGCUGCGGAGGACCCGUUGGCCUCAGCCAUGGCGCCGCCUGAGCAUGAGACAGAUGAGCAGCGAGUCGCGCGAGAGUCGGAUGAGACACGAGCGCGCAAGAUCAGCGAGAACAUUGAUGCACAGAUCAAGGCUGACAGGCUGGCCUUAAAGAAGAAGAAAAAGGCUGUCAGAGUCUUGCUUCUUGGCCAGAGCGAAAGCGGUGCUUUGCAAGACUUCCAGAUUGCAUACGCCUAUAGAGCGUGGACGGAAGAACGAGUGUCAUGGCGUGCGGUCAUUCAACUAAACCUCGUUCGCUCGGUGAACACUAUAGUGGACCUUCUGACGAAGGAGAUGGCCCAGCCCACGUCCCCGGCAUCUCCGAGGUCAAUGCACCUGCCGUUACCUACCGGUCACGAUGAUGACGAGGAUGCCUAUCCCUUAAGCUCCGGCUCCAGCUCUCGGGUACGCAUUCCUCGUGUUGCAUCCGAUCCCUCACUACGUUUCCGGACACCUGUGUCGGAGUACCAUAAGCUUCUGAAGCAACGUUUGCAACCGCUGCAGCGCGUCCAGAGAGACCUCGAAGCGCGCUUGGGGUCUGCUGCAACCGAGGACACGUUUACUGCUGUUACGUCGGCGGCGCCAUUCACGGAGCAGGUUCAGUCUAGGACUGAAAACACCAUUCUUACGGAGCUACAGCCCAACCCUCACAGACCACGCGAAUUUUUCAUUCGUUCCAGUACGGGUUGGAAAGCCGCACUGGACAAGGUGCGACCGCGCUUGUCAAUGGACGCACGCUCACAGGAAAACCUGGAUGAGAAGUACGAGGACGAUGAUCAAGCAGGAAGACGGCUCCAGAAGCGAAACAUGAAGCGACCCAGAGAUAUCGAUGACGAGACCACUGAUGUUCUUGCCCAGUGCAAAGACGACAUCAAAGCUCUUUGGACGGAUGAAGCCGUACAGAGUAUUCUUAUAAAACGCAGGUUACGACUGGAGGAUGCGCCUGGAUUCUUCCUGAACGACAUUGAUCGCAUUGCGAGUCAAGAUUACGAACCUUCAGACGACGACGUGGUUCGUGCUCGGCUGCGCACGGUAGGGGUGCAGGAACACCGUCUGAAGUUUGAACGAGGUAGCGAACAGGGUCGGGAAUGGAUCCUCUAUGAUGUGGGAGGUUCGCGAUCCUGCAGGGCGGCAUGGUACCCAUACUUUGACGACAUCAACGCAAUCAUAUUUGUAGCCCCCAUAUCUUGCUUCGACGAAUCCCUUGCCGAGGAUCGUCGAGUCAACCGUCUGGACGACAGUCUGCUUCUAUGGAAAGGCCUCUGCGCUUGUCCGUUACUAGCGGGUGUGCAACUCAUUUUAUUUCUCAACAAGUACGAUCUUCUGGAAAAGAAGUUGAGCCCUUACGGAGGCGCAGUCCAUGCUAAGGACUACAUUCCGGGAUAUGGUAAGAGGCCGAACGAAGCACGUAGCGUUGCAGACUUUUUCAAGCAGAAAUUUGGAGAACUGCAAAAGCAUAAUUCUCCCGAGCCCAGGGGGUUCUACGCAUUCCUUACAUCCGUUACAGACACAAAAGCUACGAAGAUGACCCUUGAUACAGUGCGAGAGGGCAUUCUCAGGAGAUAUUUAAAAGAAGCCGAUCUUUUGCCGUGA